AUGGCAUCUGUUAAGACAAUCCCCCCUGGACAAACCUUCAUCGAUACUCUCGAUAAAUCAUUCGUCGAUGUCCCCGUCAACAAGGAGAAGGACAAUGCAAUUGCAACCACAGAGUUUCUCCAAGCUGCCGAAUCCCUUACCACUCUUUUCGAUGUUAUGGGAUCUGUAGCAUUCAACCCAGUCAAGAAUGAUAUGGCUGGUAACAUCAAGAAAAUCCGCGAGAGACAACUUGCUGCACCGGCAGAAUCAGAGACUCUCCAAGAAUUGGUUGUCAAUGAGCUCAAGACCAAGAAGCACACCGCUACUGAAGGUUUAGUUUGGUUGGUUCGUGGUCUAGACUUCACCUGCAUCGCUCUCUCACAAAACCUUGCCGCCCCCGCGGAUGAACUCUCUGUAUCCUUCCGUGCUGCCUACGGCGAGACACUCAAACCCCACCACUCCUUCAUGGUGAAGCCCAUAUUCAGCGCCGCCAUGUCCGCCUGCCCAUACAGAAAAGAUUUCUACGUUAAGCUUGGAGAUGACAACUCCAAGGUCGAGGGUGCUUUGAGAGUGUGGUUGAGUGCAUUGGAGAAUUUGAUCGCCAUCUUGAAGGGAUUUUUGGACAGAAAGGAGGCCAAGUGGUAG